GCAGAUGAGCCCCGCCAGGCAGCUUGCUCCAACUGUGGUCUGCACAUACUCCAGUCUAAAAGCUUGUCUCUUCUAUUUGCUCCAGAUGAUGCCUUGGAUUUAGCUGGCCCACAUGAGUGAUAUGAAUAAGGCACUGGACGAGAUACACACUUCUCAAAGCCUCGGACAGAAAGCAGAGAUUUUUCAGAGUGACAAGGGUAAUGUGAGUGGCUUUCCCAGCGCAGAACUCUUCCCGUUGCAAGAGCCUUUAAUAACACCAAAUAAACAGAAGAUCAGCAUUAAACUCUGCAGGGGGAACAGGAGCACUAAAGAGAGCGAGGCAUCAUUCUCUUCCCCUCUUCCUGAGCUUCUCACCUCAACCCUGAACCCUCUUGUUUCUGAAUGUUUAUUACCAUGGACCAAAAGCUGUACAUCUCAGGUAAUUAAAGUUUAUAGUGAAGAUAAUACCAGCAAAGCUGUAGAAGUUCCUUCUGAUGUAACUGCCCAGGAUGUAUGUCAGCUGUUUGUCUUGAAGAAUCACUGCAUUGAUGAUCACGCCUGGACACUUUUUGAACACCUCUCCCAUCUAGGAAUAGAAAGAGCUCUGGAAGACCAUGAGUACGUUAUGGAAGUGCUUUCAAGCUGGGCGAUGGACACAGACAGCCGGUUGUAUUUUAGGAAGAAUUAUGCUAAAUAUGAAUUCUUUAGGAAACCACUGGACUUUUUCCCAGAUCACAUGGUUUCCAUAUCGAGUGAAACCAAUGGGAUGGUGGAUCACUGUGACCUUAUACAGACCUUUCUGAAUUCCAGCACUUGUCCUGAGAUCCAUGGAUACCUUCACGCCAAAGAGCAAAGCAGGAAGUCUUGGAAGAAGUCUUAUUUUGUUUUGCGGCGGUCAGGGCUUUAUUUCUCCAACAAGGGGACUUCCAAGGAACCAAGACAUCUCCAGUUCUUUGCUGACUUCAGUGACAGUGAUGUCUACACUGUUUUGGCAGCCAAAAAACUACACGGGGCACCUACAGAAUUUGGCUUCUGUGUGAAGUCCACAAAAUGCAGUUCUGCCCGGGACUUGAAGCUGCUUUGUGCAGAUGACGAGCAGACCAGGACCUGCUGGAUUACAGCCAUGCGCUUGUUAAAGUUUGGGAUGCAACUUUACCAAAAUUUCAUUCAGCCACACCAGAAGCAAAAAGCCUCACCAAUGAGAAGCAUAUCAGAGAACUCUCUGGUGGCUAUGGACUUUUCUGGCCAAAAGAGUCGGGUGAUCGAGAACCCAUCCGAGGUGCUCUCAGUAGCUGUAGAGGAAGGCUUGUCGUGGAGGAGGAAAAGCUGCCACCGCUUGAGUGGUCAUGGGAGCCCUUCCACAGCCCAGAGCUCUGUGCUAAACAUAGCUAUCCACGUGGCUCAGCCGUGGUUUCAUGGCAAACUGUCUCGUGAAGAGUCUCACCGUCUAAUUGCUCAACAGGGUCUUAUUGAUGGAGUGUUUCUUCUGAGGGACAGCCAGAGCAACCCUAAGACAUUUGUACUUUCACUGUGCUAUAUGCAAAAAAUUAAACAUUUUCAAAUAUUACCAGUGGACGAUGAAGGAGAGUUGUUUUACAGUCUUGAUGAUGGUCAAACACGGUUCACUGACUUGAUCCAGUUGGUGGAUUUUUACCAGCUAAACCGUGGGGUGCUUCCAUGCAAGCUCAGACAUCACUGUGCUCGGAUAACCCUGUGAACAAGGGACCCAAAAGACAGCUGAGGUCCCACAUGCACCUUAAUUCCUGGUUCUUCUGGAGAAACACAAUGGUGUUUUUGUGCCUUGGAAAAAAAAAAAGAAGAUAAAUAGUUGUUUUCAUAAUGUGGUACAUGACUCAACCUUAUUUUUUCUUAUUCAGAAAAAGGUGAAUUUCACAAUAAAAUAAAUAACUACUGGUGCUGAAGAUCAUGUGGAUUACAUUUUGGCCCGUUAAUGUAUUGGUGUAAGUAUGUGGUGGUAGUAGUUGAGAUACAGCAGCAGGAAUUUGAGUGUUCAUUGAAAAUAAUCCAGCAGAACGUGUGCUGCAGUAUGUAUAGAGCAAAAGUGCUGUAAAUAUGUGACAUUUACGGUCUGUUAAAAGUAAAUGAUGACUGAAUCCCUACAAGGACAUGCUUGUGGAAACCUGUAGAUGGCUCUACACUGUCAAGUCUGGGAACAACUAAGCUAUUAUUAUACUAAGCUAUUUUUUUUGAUAGGUAUUCGUAUUUUUUAAGAAAGUUACUCAUUUUUUUUGUUUGUUUCUUUUUUUAAUUUGAAGUGAUAAAAUUACCUCUGAGCAAGUUUCACUGCGCAUGCCUUACAAGGGAUUGGCAAAGAGCUGUAAUGCCCCGGUGAAGAGGUUCCAACCUCACUGACUUUGCAUUGUGCACUGCAUAAACUAUAUAGAUAUAGUUAUGAUUAAGUGAACCGUUUGUAUCCAUGGAAUCAGUGAAAAAGUUCCCCUGAAGUAAGAGCAAUGAAAUAAAUGCUAAAGAUUUUUUUUCUUUACAUGUAAUCAGAAAUGACUGAUAUUUGAAUUCACUGUAAAUUGAAAUUUAGGUUUUGUAAUUUCCCGAGAUUCAGGCAGACAAUUUGCAACACCUGGGCUGAUUGUAUGUUUUGACGUUAUAGCCACAUCUGUGGAUAUACGGUGUCAGAUACUUUUUUUUUUUUUAAAUGAUGUUAGUCCUUCUAACAUUGACAUUCAGCUUCAUACAAUCUUUUUUUUUUGUAACAGCAACAAUGUAAGAACAAGGUAUUUUAAAUCACAGUAGCUGGACAACAGUGCAUUGAAAUGCAGUUUUGUAAAUAAACUCAUAUAAACCUG